AUGGAUUUAAUUGGAAAAAUCAAACCGAUCUCAAGAAAGAAAAAUUGCUUCAUAAUCGUUGCAACAGACUACUUUACAAAGUGGGUUGAAGCAAAACCUUAUAAGGAAGUGAGUGAGUUUGAUGUUAUUCAAUUUAUAAAAGAAAUGAUAGUCCAUAGGUUAGGAAUUCCUCAAUCUAUAACAGUGGACAAUGGAACCAUCUUUAAUGGAACUAGGGUAAAAGCCUUCACACAAGAAUAUGGUAUUCGAAUUUUGAAUUCCACACCAUAUUAUGCACAGGAAAAUGGUCAGGUAGAAGCCACUAAUAAGAUUAUCAAGAAUAAUUUGAGGAAAAUAGUGGCUAGAUAUUCUACAAGUUGGGAUGAUUUGUUGUCUGAAGUACUGUGGGCAUAUAGAACUUCAAAAAGAAUGAGCAUAAACACUACCCCAUAUUCUUUAGUUUUUGGCCAUGAUGCAGUUUUACCCAUGGAGAUUACCGUGAGAUCAAUGAGGAUUACAAGGCAAAAUGAAUUGACUCAUUUGGAUUAUCAAGAUGCGAUGUUUCCAGAACUUGAUGAAAUAGAUGAGGCCUGUAUGGCAGCUUUAGAUUCUAUUGUUGUACAAAAACAAAAAAUAUCUGAGAUGUAUAACAAGAGAAUUAAGGCAAAGUCAUUUGCCAUUGGGGAUUUAGUUUGGAAAGUUAUCUUGCCUAUAGGAGUUAAAGAUCCAUAUCUGGGUAAAUGGUCUCCUAAUUGGGAUGGACCUUUCCUAGUUAGUGAGGUCUUUGAUGGAAAUGCUUAUAAGUUAAUGGAUAUUAGUGGCAAUGAGCAUGCGAGAUCCAUUAACAGCAACGGUGACUCUCAAACAGUUGUAGCAAAGCCAAAGAGCAACCACAGUAUGAGUAAUGCUAGCAGUGAUGUUGGUGUUUGGACCGGUGUACCUGGUUCGAAGUUGUUCCCAAACAAAUCAAUUAGUCCUCUUAGGAUCAACGAUAAACUUGAAGAUGUCUUCAUUUUGUAUGCACAAGCUCCCAACAUCAUGCGGAAUUACAGUCACGACAUUGUUCAUGCUUCGAUCGAGAUGAAUAAUUUCAGUAUCAUGGACAACCUUCACCGGCAUCCAUCUGAGUUUUGA